AUGCUCUUAGGGUUUGCUACAGGCGGGGCUGGACGAAUUCAUCCAAACCCCCAAAAGGCGACAAAUUGGGACAGCGAAGAGGGGCUAAUGGCCUUAGCGGGCAGUAAGCUCGGCUUAUCCGGGCCGAGUGAAGGCUCCAAGAUUUCUUUAACGAAAGUGAAUCGUUGCGACCGAUUAGAUAAUUCAGUGGAGCUGUGCGCGUGUUUGACUUGCUAUUGCCGCGAAUUGGCAAGUCCUGGCUCUUCCGUUGCCAUGACCCACAUCAACCUGCGAUAUGCCUGUCAUCUUUUGGCAUACCCUAACUCUGGAGUCUGUCAAGAGGGAUAG